GCGGCGCGUGUCACGUGGUGCGCGUGUCGAAGGUCACAGCGCGCUCACAAUGGAGCUUUCGGAGUAUGUGCAGAAAGGCUUCCAGAUGCUGGCCGAUCCCGGCUCCUUCGACUCCAACACCUUCACGCUUCUCCUCCGGGCGGCUUUCCAGAGUCUGCUGGACGCCCAGGCGGACGAGGCCGUGUUAGAUCACCCAGACUUGAAACAUAUCGACCCAGUGGUUUUAAAACAUUGUCAUGCAGCAGCUGCAACUUACAUACUGGAGGCUGGAAAGCAAAGAGCUGACAAAUCAACUCUAAGCACUUAUCUAGAAGACUGUAAAUUUGACAGCGAGAGAAUAGAAUUGUUUUGGACGGAAUAUCAGAAUAAUAGGAAUUCCCUAGAAAUCCUACUGGGAAGUAUAGGCAGAUCUCUCCCACAUAUAACUGAUGUUUCUUGGCGUUUGGAAUAUCAGAUAAAGACCAAUCAACUUGAUAAGAUGUACAGGCCUGCAUAUUUGGUGACCUUAAAUGUAGAGAACACUGACUCCCGAUCCCACCCAGAGAUUAGUUUUAGUUGCAACAUGGAACAAUUACAGGACUUAGUAGGAAAACUUAAAGAUGCUUCGAAAAGCCUGGAAAGAGCAACUCAGUUGUAACUUGGGAAAGUUAACGAUCUGCCCGGAUCUAGAGGAAGACCAGGAACGUCUUGCCGUCCGCUGAACCAUCAUUUCUGCGAGCUGGGUGUCUUCCUUUUCAGAGCAGAUUUUUUUCUUUUGGAUUGCUGUCACUCAUAAGUUUUGACACUUUUUUACACCUGUGGAAGGGUUAAGAGGGAAUUUCUGCCUAAAUAUUUAAAUCUUUAGUAUUAUCCGUACAUUUGAUCCCAUUUGAUCUUUUCCACGUCUUCCAAAAGGAAGCAGACAGUAUUACAUUCUGAAUAAAUAAGUUGUUCCCACAAAAA